UACACAUUGAAAAGAAUUAAAAAUGGGAAGCAUGUUUAUGUUGGGAAUGUGGUUGUUCCUAUUGGUGUCACCAUUUCCACUUGCAUUCUCGGAGCGGUGCCACCCACAUGACAAAAAAGCACUGCUCCAACUGAAGAAAGACCUCAACAACCCUUAUAUCUUAGCCUCGUGGGACCCAAAUGAGGAUUGCUGCGAGUGGUACUGCGUCAAGUGUGACGAGAAAACCAACCGCAUUUACGACCUCGACAUAUCGUCCUCUGUGCCAGACACCAACCUCUCAGGCCAAAUACCUCCCUCUGUGGGUGACCUUCCUUACUUGGAGUCCCUCACUUUCCAUAAGCUCCCCAACCUCGUCGGCCCAAUCCAGCCCACCAUCGCCAAACUCACCAAACUCAAGUACCUCAUUAUCACCAACACAGGUAUCUCCGGCCCAGUACCUGAUUUUUUGGCCCAACUCCAGAGCCUCGACUUGAUCAAACUUUCCUUUAACAGCCUCUCCGGCACUAUUCCCAGCUCCCUAUACCAACUACCGAAUCUCUCCUCCCUACAGUUGGACCGGAACCAGCUCACGG